AUGUAUCGCCUGAAGGAUGGCACGCGUCUAAAUCCGUGGCCCAACGCUGCCAGGGGAGAUUGUGGUCCGUACUCUAUCAUCGAUCUUCGUCGGAUCGAGUUCGGGGCUACCCCCGGAACAACCCGCGUGGAACGGGAGCAACUCGCCAGCAUCCAAAAGCUUCGACGCGACGUAGCCAGUCUCGGACGCGCAAGGACCCACCGGACGGUUGAGGAUGGGCAAUUCACUGACGACUUUCUCUUUGGCACCGUCAAAGUACAGGAGAGGCCAAUCGAACAAUUGAUAUCUAACCCACUCCUACGCAUCUUGAAGAGGGAGACAUGGUUGAAGGUGGCGGAGCGUCAAGGUGGAUAUUGGGACGGGAAGCACAUGGAGGCAGCGGCUGUCGUGUCAGCCAAGGAGCCUGUCGCAGCAAAGGAGCCCACCGCAGCCAAGGAGCCCGCCGCAGCGAAGGAGCCCACCGCCCCGGAGGAGGUGGUUCCCCUCGACCAGCCUGUCGCAGCGAAAGAGCCCACCGCAGCGAAGGAGCCGGCCGCAUCGAAGGAGCCCGCCUCGCCGGAGGACCCCGACGCCCCAGAGGAGCCCACUACAGCGAAGGAGCCUGUCGCAUUGAAGGAGCCCGCCGCGCCGGAGGAAACCGCCGCCCGAGAGCAGUCCACCGCAGCGAAGGAGCCCGCCACCCCGGAGGAGCCCACCGCGCCCAAGGAGCCCACCGCAGCGACGGAGCCUCGCGUGGUCAACAAGCCCGCCGCCCACCACGAGGAGCCUGUCACACCGAAGGAGCUUGCCGACACCAAGGAGCCCGCCGCAGCCAAGGAGCCCGCCACAGCCAAGCAGGGUGGAGACGACUGGGUUCUCGUGGGCAAGAAUGGGCGCCCGACGACCUCGGGUAGUGGUGGCAUCGACAUGGAUGAGCGCGCCGAGAAGAGCAACUCCAUAGUCAAGGGCUCAAACCUUUCGACUAAGUUUGAUACGGGCAAUACGUACACCUUGCUGGGUUGUGAAGAGGAGGCGGGGGACGUGGGGGAAGGAGAGCACGUAGUCGUGGAGGCGGUUGAGGCAGCGGAGGAGGAGGAUGGAGCGCACACGGGAUUGGCGGUGGGGAUUGGGGUGGAGGCGGAGGCGGAGGAGACAGCAAAGGAGAACCCUUAA